AUGAGCGAAGGUCCAAAACCCGAGGUUAAAAAAGAAGUUACGGACUUCAACGAGAUUUACAAGAAUCAACCAGCAGACUCGGUGAUCGUUGAUGGGAAAAAAGAAUCGUUGAACUUGGAGCUCCACAAUGCUUCGAAACAAGUGUGGCUUGUGAAAUUACCGAAGUUCUUGGCUGGGAAAUGGAACGAUGUAGAAGCAAUUGCCGGGCAAGAAAUUGGGAAACUCCGUAUCAACAAGAACCAGCCGGCGAUGGGGAAGAAUGGGGAAUUGAAGUUUAAAUUGGUGCUCAAUGAAGUGUAUGUCGACCCCAACAGAAAAAGAAACGGCGGUGGCGGGUCCGAAAAUAAUAAUGAGACCAGUAGUGGUGAUGAGGAGAGCGAUUUCAGCACGGUGAUGAAGCAAGAAGGAAUCAUAAAAUCCGAGUCUCCAGGGGUGAUUGGUGGUAUCAAGUCAGAAUCAGAGAGUUUAUCAUCGGAGGGGAAAAUCGAUUAUUUCAAGGACUUACCCCAUGAGUAUGAUUUGCGAGUGACCAAUAAAGCGGUGAAGAACCAGUUUAUUUUUUCCGAGCAGAAUUUGGAUAAUUUUGCCAAAAGACAAGAGGGGGCCACCAACAACGAUGCAUCAUCAUCGAAGACCAGUGGUGGUGGGGUGACGAAACCAUCGGUCGAUAAGAAAAAAUUGUCGAAAAAACAGUUUUGGAGAGAACAGCGAAAGUUGGGAGGCAACAAGUUUGUGCAAUUUGCCAAAGCGAUCCCCAAGAAAACCGCGCUUGUGGGGACGAUUUGCCAUGAAUGCUCGGUGACCCCAUCGAUUAACGAUGUGAAUUAUUCCAACGUGUUGCAGGACCGGAAGAAUAGAGUGUCGAAAAGACCAGAUAAGCCAGUGAUUGAGGUGCUUAGGGAAAAUACCGGUAUCAUUCAACGGUUCAGUGCUCCUUCUUUGAAAGGGGACACCGCCGCUAACGACGAUGCGUUCAUCAAGGCCAACAAGGAUUCCAAAGGUAAGGAACAGAACCGGGCGAUUCGGAUGGAAAGAAAAGAAUUAUUGGACUUGUUAUUCCAGUUGUUUGACGAGUACGAUUAUUGGAGCAUGAAGGGGUUGAAGGAAAGAGUCAAGCAACCGGACAGUUGGUUGAAAGAGUGUUUGGACAGCGUGGCCACAUUGAUUAAAAGAGGUCCUUACGCGUCAAAGUACUGCCUAAAGCCUGAGUAUAAGAAGAUGAGAGACGUUGCCAGAGUCGAGCGUCAAAAGGAAUUGGGUCUUGAUAUCACCAAUCCUGAAGAUGAAAAUAAAGAUGAUGAGGAUGCCGAUGAUGAUGUGGAGAUGGAGACCAUUGUUGGAAACAAGGACUGA